AUGAACCUGCAGCAGCAAAACCCACCAACACGUGCGGCGCCGCCGCAACUCCGUUUCCGCUUCGCCGCCCAUGAAGGAGACACCACCACCGCCACCGCCGCCGGCGGCGGCGGCGGCGGACAAACAACAAAGCUAUGCGCAAGAGGGCAUUGGAGACCAAACGAAGACGCUAAACUCAAAACCCUAGUCGCCCAGUUCGGCCCACAGAACUGGAAUCUCAUCGCCGAGAAACUCCAUGGCAGAUCAGGGAAGAGUUGCAGGUUGAGAUGGUUCAACCAGUUGGAUCCGAGAAUAAACAAAAGGGCGUUCAGCGAGGAAGAAGAAGAGAGGCUGUUGUCGGCGCACAAAAUGUACGGAAACAAGUGGGCAAUGAUUGCCCGUCUUUUUCCGGGCAGGACCGAUAAUUCCGUGAAGAACCAUUGGCAUGUGAUUAUGGCGAGAAAACACAGAGAAACCAACUCUUUUUACAGAAGAAGAAAACCCACUUUCUCGGCCAAUGUCCAAAACAGUAAUUUCACAUCCGAAACAAAAACCAACAACAACGUUAAUCUCGACGAAUCCGGUGGCUCCACGUGUACCGAUCUCUCACUCACCCCUUCUUCUUUCAGACCGGAAACUGAAACCCCUCAUUUUCUCAUCAGCAGAUUUAGCCCUGUUCAUCAAAUUGGUGAAAACGUGGAAUCAAACUCAGAAGGUUCAGCAGCAUCAGAAUCAGUAGCCAACAACAAUAGGGCCAAUGUGUACAUUUGUGGGGAAAAUGAGAAAUCAAGAAUUGCAUUCAUUGAUUUUCUUGGAGUUGGAGCCACUUAAUUAAUUAUUGGGUAUAUGUACUACUAAUUCAUAAUUAAAAUUAUUAUCACCAGUCUCAGCAAUUAUUGCAUUCUCUGUAAUAAUUCAAAAUUUUCUUCUUUUUUUUUUUAGUUUCUGCAGGCUGCAUGUAUAGUGAAUGAAUCCCAUAAAUGGAAAAAAAAAUAAUAAUUA